UCGCCAAUCGUAUUGCAAGUUUUCCCGUUCGGAGCUCCAGAAUCGAGCACCUAGGGUUUGAAGUAGAAAGUUUACUUGUAUCACGAUGGCGAUGGCGGCCCUGCGCAGGGAGGGGAGGCGGUUUCUGCUCUCAUCGGCCUCCUCCACUCCAAUUACCGCUCGAUCUGCGAUCUCAAACGACAGAGAAUCAUGCCUGUUUGGUGCACGCUCAAUUUCCACUCAAAUAGUUAGAAACAGAAUGAAAAGCGUUAGGAACAUCCAAAAAAUCACCAAGGCAAUGAAGAUGGUUGCAGCCUCUAAGCUGCGUGGAGUUCAAACUAAGACAGAAAAUUCACGGGGCUUGUGGCAACCAUUUGUUGCUCUUCUUGGAGAUGGCUUUAGUGUUGAUGUGAAGAAGAAUGUUGUCAUCACUGUUUCCUCUGACAAAGGUCUUUGUGGGGGCAUAAAUUCCACAUCGGUUAAAGUGAGCAAAGCUCUUACCAGAGUGUAUUCAGGCCCAGAAAAAGAAACUAAAUAUGUUGUUUUGGGUGAGAAGGGGAAGGCCCAAUUGGUGCGUGACUCAAAGAAUAGAAUUGAACUGACCAUAUCAGAGUUGCAAAAGAAUCCUUUAAAUUAUACACAGGUUGCUGUUCUUGCUGAUGAUAUCUUAAAGAAUGUAGAAUUUGAUGCCUUAAGAAUUGUUUUCAACAAGUUUCACUCUGUUGUCUCAUUUCCACCAACAGUUUCAACAAUUUUAUCCCCUGAGAUUGUUGAGAAGGAAUCUGAAGCAGGUGGAAGGCUUGGUGACUUGGACUUGUAUGAGAUAGAAGGAGGCGAAACAAAAUCUGAAGUGCUUCAGAAUCUUUCUGAGUUCCAAUUUUCUUGCGUACUGUUUAAUGCUGUCUUAGAGAAUGGUUGUAGUGAGCUUGGUGCACGCAUGUCAGCCAUGGACAGCUCCAGCAAGAAUGCUGGUGAAAUGCUUGACCGCCUCACUCUUACAUAUAACAGGACACGCCAAGCUUCAAUCACUACAGAGCUUAUUGAGAUCAUAUCAGGAGCGUCAGCUCUGGAAGGCUGAUCCUUCAAAGGAGUUGUUCUACCUUUUUUUAAAGAGGAAGGGAGUUGAGAAUAAAUGCUCUUAAGCCAUGUAAGUACUGGAAAUAACAUGAUACUUCUCUCAUUUUUUUCAACAUGUUGGGAUUUUUUUUUCUAUUUUCUGUGUGUUUUUACUGCAAAUGAUUUUGCUGGUUUUUCCAGCAAUCUUAUUUGAGUACUGAGCUUUAUGAUAAUGAUGAAAUCCUGAAAAAGAAUAUUUUAUGUUGUUUAUAAUUUUCAACUAAUCAAGUAUGGAUUACCACUUUUGGAAAUGCAAAAGAGUUUCUUUUUU